CAAGAAUUAUACAAACUGCUUAUCGAAAUUAUAAGAAAAAGCCUGAAUCAGAAUCCAAUAGAAUCUGGGAAGCAGUCAGAAAUGACGAUACUUCUGAGAACAAGAAGUUUUUAGGUAUAACUCCUCGAAAAAUAAGACUUCCUGAAACUUCUUAUGUUGGAUAUGGUGGGAGAACGAUUCUAGCUAAAGAUGUACCAGCAUAUACUCGAAAUUUACCUGAAAUGUUUUAUCGUUAUAGUCCUAAAAGUUGGGCAGAUGCUAAGAAAUAUCAAUUACAAAAAAGAUUAUAUAACCACAUUUUAAAUUUAUUAGGACAACAAGGAUACAGAGUAAUCAAUA